AUGCCGUUCCACCGGCCGCUCGGCGAGCGCGAGGCCAAGCAGCAGGCCCCGCCCACUUUUGUUCGGCCCCUAAACGACAAGCGAGCCGUGGUGGGAGAGCGUGUCGUGCUCGAGUGCCAGACGGAGGGCCAUCCGGAUCCGCUCGUCAAAUGGCUGAAGGAUGGACACAACGUGUCGACGUGCCCGGAUUAUCUGAUCGAAAGCGACGGAAUGAAGCACCGUCUCGUCAUCGAAAACGUCCAAGGCGCCGAUUCGGGCCGCUUCACCGCCCAGGCCCUCAACACGGCCGGCAAUAAGCAGAGCACCUGUAUUCUAAUCGUCGCCCCGGCUCCCACGCCGGUUCCUGGAGCCAAACCGAUGAACAGCCCAGCGCCACCUCAGACUCCCGUCGGGCCGAGCGCCCCGAUUUUCCUAAAGGAACUCCGUCAUCAACCCCUGAAGCCUGGUGGAGCUGUCGUCUUCGAGGCGCGCGUCGCUGGUCAGCCCCAGCCGACUGUAGAAUGGCUCAAAGGGCAGAAACCCUUCCAGAACUAUAGAGCCCGACUCGAGCAUGAUGUGAAGAGCGGCAUCGUGUCCCUGACGAUUCCGCAGAUGUUCACCGACGACGUCGGGGAGUACACCCUGAAGGCAUCGAAUCAACAUGGAACCGCACAGACGCAGGCUCAGCUCCUUCCGCGCGAGCAGUACGACCGCUGGUUCACCGACGAGCAGCACAAGCUGACCAGGGACCGGAAGCAGCACAUGCUCGCCCAAUCCGGCUCCGGAACCGGCCGUCCAGCCUCGGCCGCCCUACGCCAGAUGGCCAAGUACGGGCAGCACGGCUUUUCAGAUACCGAGAGCCUGACCUGGGGAGUCUCAGAGUCGGAAACGGAGCCCGAGCUAGCCGCCCUGGACCCGCGAGGAGCACCAGGGACACGACCACUCCUGAGGACACCGCUGAGAGGGUUACGGCUGACCGAAGGAACGGACGCCAUUCUCCAGGCCAGCAUCGUCGGAAAUCCGAAGCCAAAGAUCGCCUGGUACAAGAACGGCCAAGCGCUGGUCAUCUCCGGGCCGCGGAUGCAGGUCACCUACAAGAACUCCCUGGCCGUGCUGAAGGUGUCGAUGGUGGUGCCGGAGGACAGCGGCGAGUACACGAUUUUGGCCGAGAAUCGAUACGGGAAGGUCGACUCCUCCGCCCGUAUCGAGGUCUACCCCCUCAACGUCCCAGACGAACGACCGCUGCUCACCCCGAACACACAACCGACUACCCCGGUGCUACAGGAAGCCGAACAACGCCGGCGACACGAAGAGGAGCAGGCGGAGCUGAGGAGGGAGCAGGUGAGCAGUCAGCAGUCUGCCUACGAGGACCACAUCCGCCAGCGUCAGCAGCAGGGUCACCCCGCGCAGCGACAGCUCAGACUUAACUACGCUCCCGCUCAACGCCAGGGCAACGUUGAGCAGGAGCAGCAGCAGUGGCACGAGCGGCAGCAACUCGGCCACCACUACAACCAGCAACAACAGCACGCUACAAACUACGAGAUGGCAGCUCGUCAGCAGCAAGUACAGCAGCAACAGCAACAGGCGCAGAACGGCACGGUGAAGGAGGCAGCCUUCACCGAUGGCUACUCGGCGCCGUCGCCGGGGCAGAUGAUUGGCAGAUCAUCCAAGCCCCCAGUGUUCGUCGUCCAUCCCCAAUCGGUGGCAGCCAAAAUCGGGGAUGAGGUCGUCUUCUCGGCCAAGGCGGCCGGGGACCCGCUCCCCCAGAUGGAGUGGUUGAGGGCCGAUGGCAGUACGGUACCUCAGAAGGGAGCAGUGAGGGCGGAGGGCUUUGCCGAUGGCAGCGGCAGGCUCACCAUUGAUAAGGUGGAAGCGGAGCUGGGCGGCACCUACCUGUGCGUGGUCCGGAAUGCGGGUGGCAGCGCGCAGUCCAGAUUCCAGCUGAACGUGUUGCAAACCCGAUCCCCUGAUGCGCCAAAAUUCACCGGCACUUUCCAAUCGACGACGAUUAAUGAGGGGGAUACGAUCAAAUUGUACUGUAAAGCCACCGGAGAUGGGCUGAAAUUCGAGUGGAACAAGGACAACUACCCGAUUGGCAGCGGCGGGAAGUAUAAAGUGUCCACCUCGGCCAACGAGACGACGCUGAUCAUCGAGGGCGCGACGUUGGAGGAGGGCGGAUGGUACACGUGCGUAGCGUCCAACCAGUACGGCUCGACGCCGCUGAAGGGCCGGAUCGUCGUCCAGUCCAGGAAACGGCUGGCCCCUCAUCAGCGGGAGCUGAUCACGCUCAGAAAGGUCGACCACAAGCGAGCCCGGACCCCAGUCAACCAGCUCGAGCAGGCCUCCAGCCAGCCCCCACAAUUCUCCGGGAAGCUCCAGCCCCUCAGUCUGGUAGAAGGGCAAGCCGCCCGGCUCGAGAUCGCCUACUCGCCGGCCGAGGAUCCGAACCUCAGGGUAGCCUGGCUGAAGGACGGAAAAGCGUUGCUGGCUUCUUCUCGGGUGGCCACGCAGGCCGAAUUCGGACAGGCCAUCCUGGAGAUCCACCCGAUCAACGUGUUCGACCAGGGCGAGUAUACGGUAGUCGCUGUCAACACGGCCGGAGAGGCAAAAGUCACGACCAACUUGCAGGUCCUGGGCCACGCCCAAGUCUCCGCCUCGCCCCGCCCCCAGGAGAUGGGCCAGAUGUACUCCUCGGUGUCGGGGGCCCUGCCGGAAGUCGUCAACUUCCACUCGGAGCUGAGAUCUCAAGAAGUCUUCGAGGGCCACCCGAUUCAUUUGGAGUGCAAAUUGACACCCAUCAACGACCCGUCCCUGCGUGUGGAAUGGUUGUUGAACGGUCAACCUCUUGCUCAAAGUGGUCGUCACCGCCAGUCGGCCGCCUACGGCUUCAUCUGCCUCGACAUCGCCGACGCUGAGGCCAGGGAUUCGGGGCUGUACACCUUGAGGGCGUCGAACAACCUCGGAGAAGCCGAAUGCCACGCUGAUAUCCUAAUCCAUCCGAAAUCCGAGCUGCUACAAUACCAGAGCAACCUGGACGUUGAUGACGUCAGGGAGAUCCAGCACCGAGGCGCCGAUCGCGGAGAGCCACCAAAAUUCCUCGAUCCGCCACGCAACUUCCACUGUGAGCAAGAGCUCGGGAGGUCGAUGUUUGAGGCACGGAUUCAGCCGAUCAACGAUCCGAGUCUCAGGGUCUCCUGGCUCAAGGACGGCCAGCCCCUCCCCAACGCCAACCGCAUCCAGACGUCCGUCAACUUUGGCGUCAUCCAGCUCUCCAUCCACCCGACGUUCCCCGAGGACGCCGGCGUGUACACCGCCGUCCUGCACAACGUCAUGGGCACGGCACAGGCCAACGCGGAGUUGUCCACUUAUCAGUCCGAAUCGCUCCGCCUUGAAACCCAGCACGAGCAGAGCCUCCCGAUCAUCGGCUACCUCGACAGCCACCAGGUCCACAUCGGCCCGAUGCCCGUCGACAGGCCGGAGGAGGACGGCAGCCUGGAAGCGCCGCGCUUCGCGCGCACCCUCCAGGACAAGAUCGAGGUGACGGAGAACGAACCCGUCCACUUCGAGGCCCGAAUCCAACCGGCCAGCGACGUGAAGAUGAGGGCCGAGUGGUACCACAACGGCCAUCCCCUCCCGGCUGCUCACCGUUUCCGGCCCAUGUUCGACUUUGGCUACGUGGCGCUCGACAUUUUGUACGCGUAUCCGGAAGACUCCGGGACGUACACCCUGGUCGCCCGCAACGAGCUCGGCGAGUGCAAGUGUGACCUGGAGCUGACCGUGCUCUCCGAGAAGAGCCUCUACCUCGACGCCCAGCAUCCUGAAGGACUACAGCGCAUCGAACAGCUCGAGAACUCGCGUGUCGGCCCGAUUGAGGAGGACGAGGAUCGGGGAUGCGAUAAUGCUCCGCAUUUCCUGGGAGAUCUUCAGGACCUGCAGCUCGACGAGCACCAAGAUAUCCAUCUAGACAUUAAGGUGACCCCUGUGAACGACCCGACCAUGACGGUCGAGUGGUUCGUCAACGGCCACCCGCUGCUGACCGGCUCUCGCGUCAAGGCCAUGUACGAGUUUGGCUUCAUCGCGCUUGAUGUCAAGGGAGCCAUCAGCGAGGACUCCGGCACGUACACCGUCCGGGCCAAGAACGCGCUCGGAGAGGCGACAAAGGAGUGUAUCGUAGUCGUGGCUCCCGCCGGCACGAUUCUUGACGGGACCCAGCACGAGGAGUCUCUCGACAAGAUCACCCACCUCGAGGGCCUCAACAAGUACGGCAGGACCGAAGAGGAAGACGCGCAACCGGAUGGACCCCCACAAUUCAUUCUACAACUUCCUGGAGAUCUUGGAGAGGUCGAAGAGUCCGAACCGCUUCAUCUUGAGUGCCAGGUCCGGCCCUACAACGACAACAGCUUGAAGGUGUACUGGCUGAGGGAUGGGCGACCGCUUCCGACAGGCCACCGCUUCCGCACGUUCUACGAUUUCGGCUACGUGUCGCUCGACAUCCUGGGUGUACACGCCGCCGACGCCGGCGAGUACUCAUGCGUCGCGGAGAACUCGCUUGGCCAAGCCGUUACGACGACGAGCUUCACUUGCAAUGCAAAGGAGGGCAUCCUCGGCCAAACGCAGCACCCGGCCUCCUACCAGAGAAUCCAGGAGCUCGAGGCCCCGAAGGAGGCUGAAGCUGAGGAGGAGGAGCAGCCACAUGCUGCUCCCAGCUUCUUGAAGCCGAUUGGACCGGAUGCGGAUCUUGAGGAAGGCCAAUCGAUUUAUAUCGAGGCCCAGGUCUCACCGGCUGAUGAUAACACCAUGACGUACGAAUGGUUCCUCAAUGGCCACCCGCUGAUGAAAGCCCAUCGCUACGCCCUCAGCCAAGAUUUUGGCUACGCGGCCCUGAACAUCCUCUAUUGCUACCCGGAAGAUGAGGGAGAGUACACCCUCGUAGCCCGGAACGCUACUGGAGAAGCCAAAUGCUCGAUGUACAUCCGGUGCUCGGCGCGGAAUGGAAUGCUAAUCGACUCCCUGCACCCCUCCUCCCUGGCCCGCAUCACGGAGCUGGAGACGCCGCAGCAGCGCGCGGAACCCGCCCCCGACGCCCCCAAAGAGGCCCCCAGGAUCGUCCAGGGACUUCCAAGUGGCGCUCAAAACGUCCACGAGAGCCAGACGUUGCAUUUGGAGGCUCAGGUGUCUCCCAUCGACGACAACCAGAUGCGCUACGAGUGGUUCUUCAACGGAUUUCCCUUGAAGGCGAGCUCGCGCUACCGUAUGGCCAACGAUUUCGGGUACAUCUCGCUGGACAUCGAUUACGUGAUCGCGGAGGAUGAGGGAGACUACACGUUGAGGGUGUCGAAUGCCGCCGGGCAGGUCGAGACGAACACGUCGAUCCAGGUUGACCGUCUCGGCUCGAUCAUCUCCGAAACGGCACACCCGGAGAGCUACCGGCGAAUCCAGGAGCUCGAGGCGCUCCGCCCGGCUAAACCCACCGAUGAGGACGCUCCCCCGGAAGCCCCCAGCUUCACCCAACAGCUCCAGGGCCCCCAGGAAGUCCUCAAGGAGGGCCAGAGCGUCCACUUGGACUGCGUCGUGCAGCCGAUCAACGACCCGAGACUGAAGAUUGAGUGGUACCACGAGGGUCUGCCCCUCCAAUUCGGCUCUCGCAUCCGCACCAUCCACGAUUUCGGCUACGUCGGCCUGGAAUUCUUGCACGUCCACCCCGAGGACUCGGGCACGUACACUUGCCGAGCCGUCAACAACGCUGGCGAGGCGACGACGCAGAUUACACUUGAAUGUCGCCCGAAGAAGAACAUCUACCUCGAGUCGCAGCACGAGGAGUCGUGGCAAAAGAUUCAGGAGCUGGAGAACCGUGAAGUGCCUAGGGAGCCGUCCCCAGACCAAACCUUCCCGCCACCCACCUUCACCCAACCCCUCCAAGACGUCGACCAGCCCGCAGAAGGCUCGGCCGUCCGUCUCGAAGCCCUCCUCCAGCCCGUGUUCUGGACGCUCAAUGGGACGCCGCUCGAGAACGCGUCUCGAUUCAUGCCUCAACGCCAUCUCGACCUCAUCCACCUCGAUAUUCUUGGAAUUUCGGCUAGGGAUUCUGGGGAAUAUGUGUGCCGAGCCGUUUCCGCUUUUGGUGAAGCCGAGACGCGGUGUAACGUCACCUGCGACCCGACCGCCUCGCUGCUGCUCGACCCGAACAACGAGCAGAGCUGGCAGCGAGUCCAGGACAUCGAAAAUCGCCCGGUGCCGGAAGCCGUUGAAGAGGAGGCCAACAAGGUGGCGCCGAAAUUUGUCGUUCCGCUCGCCGGAAGCCUGGGCGAACUGCAGGAGGGCGUGCCGAUCCAUCUGGAGUGCCAGGUCGAACCGACCAACGACAACCAGCUGAUCGUCGAGUGGUACCACGAUGGUGCUCCCCUUGCCAAUGGCCACCGCUUCCGCACGCGCCACGACUUCGGCUACGUCGCGCUCGACAUCCUCUACGCGUUCGCCCAGGACAGCGGAGAGUGGAGCGCCGUCGCCAGAAAUGCUCUUGGAGAAGCCGUCACCCAGACCAGCUUCACGAUUCAACCACGAGGAACGCUUUACCUCGACACACAACACCCCGACAGCUGGAAGAAGAUUCAGGAGAUCGAGGCGCCGAGGGCUGGCCCCGAGGAGCUGGCCGAUGCUGAACACGAUGCCCCGCAGUUUGUCGAGCCGAUGGAGAGCCUCGAGCGCAUCGAGUUUCAGUCGGCGCACUUCCAGACCCGCGUCACCCCGAUGGCCGACCCGAAGAUGCGCUUCCAAUGGCUGAAGGAUGGGGCCCCGCUGGCCAACAGCAACAGGAUGAAGCUGACGUCGGACUUUGGAUACGUUGCGCUUGAUAUUGCGCAUACCGUUCCGGAAGACAGCGGAACCUACACCGUCGUCGCCUCAAACGAAAAGGGUGAAGCCAAGGUUGAAGCCACCCUGGCUGUCACCGGAAAUGCCGGAAUCCUGGAUGCGGUGCAGAACGCGGCUUCGUGGCAACGGAUUCAGGAGAUUGAGGCGCCGAGGGCACCGGAAGCCGAUGCGCCGGAUGCUGAACACGCCGCCCCCCGUUGGGUCCGCCAGCUCAACUCGAACAACAACGUCAUCGAGGGCCAACCGGCCCACUUCGAGGCCCAGUUCGCCCCGUUCGCCGACCCGAACACCGUCGUCGAGUGGAAGCUGAACGGGGCCCCGCUGGGCGCUUCCAACCGCCGCGUGCUUCGCAACGACUUCGGCUUGGUCACCCUUGAUCUGCAGUACGUCCUCGCCGAAGAUUCCGGCAAGUACGAGUGCACCGUGUCGAACAAGUCGGGCACCGACACCACGCAGGGAGAGCUCAGCUGCGAGGGGCGCCCGUCGAUUUAUGGCGACACCCAGCACGCCCAAUCGUGGCAAAAGAUCCAAGAAAUUGAGGCGCCACGCGGCCCGGCUGAGGAAGCCCCGGCGAAGGAGUACGCAAAGCCGACGUUCACGCAGGGGCUUCAGUCGGUUGAUGGGGUAGAAGAAGGAGGCGUGGCCCUCCUCGAAGCCCGCUACCAACCCGUCGACGACCCGACCCUCAAGCUCGAGUGGUUCCUCAACGACGCCCCGCUCGGCGAGUCCAACUGGAUCUCGACUACCCGAGACUUUGGCACCGUAACCCUGCGGAUCAGCCCGGCGCACGAGCGCCACAGCGGCGUCUACUCGUGCAAGGCGUCGAAUGCGCAAGGAGCGGCCGUGACGAGCGCUCAGGUGACCGUGCGCGGAGCGGAGAGCCUGCUGCUCGACACCUCACAUCCGGAAUCGCUGCGGAAAAUCCAGGAGAUGGAGGCCUUCGACAAGUUCGCCAGGAUCGAGGCCCCGGAGCGGGAGUUCGACAAGCCACAAUUCAUCCAGGGCUUCGAGAAUUGGGACGAUGUGCAGGAGGGACAGGUCGUUGAACUUCACGGUCUCGUCGAGCCUUCCGGAGACCCGUCGAUGAGGGUCGAGUGGCUGCUGAACGGGCAGCCGUUGAUGAACAGCAACAGGUUCCGGAAAGAAUACGAAUUCGGCAACGUGAUCCUCACCAUCGUCCACCUCCUCCCCCACGACUCCGGCGUGUACACCUGCCGGGUGUGGAAUGCCCAGGGUGAAGCUACUACCUCAGCCACUGUCAAAGCGGCCGGAUAUGAGAGAAUUCUGGCCGAUAGCCAACACCCCGCCAGCUGGCAGAGGAUUCAGGAGAUCGAGGCCCCCAAGGUCGUCGUGGAGGUCGAGGAGGAGACCACCACCGAGAAGCCGUACUUCAUCCAGGAGCUUCAGUCUGUGGAAGGAGUUGUCGAGGGAUCUCCGGUUCAUCUGGAGGCCACAUUCCAGCCGGCCCGAGACCCAGAAUUGACCGUCUCCUGGGAGCGCAACGGGUAUCCCCUGCUCGCCUCUCAACUCGUCCAAACGCGCCACGAGCUCGGCUGGGCCACCCUGGAUAUUCUGUCCGUCAACCCCGACCAUGAGGGCAUCUACACGUUCAAGAUUCAGAACAGUCAGGGAGAGGCCGCGUCAUCUGCUGCGGUCAAGGUAGAAGGCACCUCGGCGAUCCUGGGCGACACUCGCCACGAGGAGUCGUGGAAGCGAAUCCAGGAAAUCGAAGCCCCACGAGCCGCCGGGCCGGAUGAAGCCCCCGCUGUGUACGAUGCCCCCGAGAUCCGCACCCAGCUCGAAGACGUCGAGUGCGAGGAGGGAGCUCGAGUGCACCUUGAAGCCCAGAUCCAGCCCGUCAACGAUCCUGGCCUCAAAGUCCAGUGGCUGAGGAAUGGGACUCCCUUGGCCCAUGGAUCGAAAUACGCGAUUUCGCAUGACUUUGGCAUCUGUCAACUCGACAUCGGCUACACGUACCCAGAAGAUGCGGGCGUCUACCAGCUGCGCAUCUGGAACGAGAGGGGCGAAGCCGUCAGCUCGUGUACGGUGAAGUGCAGCGGAAAAGACGCGAUUUUGGGCGACACCCAACACGAAGAAUCGUGGAAGCGGAUUCAGGAGAUCGAGGCCCCGAAGGAGGUGCCAGAAGAGGUGGACGCCGCGCCGAAGCCCGCCCCCCGCUUCAUCACCUCCAUCCAGUCGCCGCCCGGAGAACUUCACGAGGGUCAGCCCGCCCACUUUGAGGCCACCCUCGAACCGAUCGACGACCCGCAGAUGCGGGUUGAGUGGUUCCUGAAUGGAGCCCCAGUUGGAGCCACUUCUCGUGUGAAGACGAUCCAGGACUUUGGAUGGGCAAUUCUUGACAUAAACCAUGUCGAGACGAGGGAUGCUGGGGACUGGAAAUGUGUGGCGACGAACCAGGCCGGCUCCGCCGAGUGCCAAUGCUCUCUGCAAGUUGUCGGCAAGGACGGAAUCCUCGGCGACGCCCUCCAGCCCCAGUCCCUCCAACGAAUCCAGGAGAUCGAGGCCCCGAAACCGCUGCCGGAAGACCUUCCGGAGCAGGCCGCCGAGAAGCCGGAGAUCACCUCGGCUCUCGCAUCGACUGGGGAACCGGAAGAGGGCGGAGCCAUCCAUUUGCAAGCCACUUUCUCCCCCACCAACGACCCCCGUAUCCGCGUCGAAUGGCUUCUGGAUGGGCACCCGGUGGCCCACUCGAAUCGCCACCGUAUCCUGUCCGAUUUUGGCUUCGCCGUCCUCCACAUCAUCAACGCGUCCACGCACGACUCCGGAGAAUACACGCUCAGGGUGUCGAAUGAAGCCGGCGAGGCUUCCUCUUCCACCACUGUCAAGGUCGAGGGUAAGAGCGGUCUGCUGCUUGGCCCGCAGAGCGAGCAGAAGGCGGCCGCCGUCGAGCAGCUCGAAGAGCGCCUCCACCGUCAUGACGACGCUGUUAUUGAUGAGGAGAAGGAGGUAAUGCCCGUGUUCGUCGAGCCGCUGAACGCGCCGCAAACGGUGGAGGAGGGAGAUCGUGCUCAUUUCUCGGCUCGCUACGAGCCGAUUAAUGAUAAUCAUCUGCAGGUCCAAUGGUACCACGAUGGCCGCCCCGUCCUCACCGGCUCGCGCGUCAAGAUGAUGCGCGACUUCGGGUACUGCGUCCUCGAGCUCUCCCCCGUCUACGCCGAGGACGCCGGCGAGUACACACUCCGCGCCGUCAACCGCGUGGGAGAAGCCGUCACCUCGACUUCCUUGACCUGCGCCGCCAAAGACGGCAUCAUCUCCGGCUCCCAGUUGCCGAACAGCAUGUCGGGAGCCCAAGCGCGCAUCGCUGAACUCGAAGCGCCACGUGCUGCUCCAGAAGAUGCCCCUGACGUCGAGCACGGCCCGCCAAAGUUCACGACGCAGUUGGUGUCCCCGCCGGAGCUGCAGGAGGGUGAUCUCGCCCAUCUCGAGGUGCAGGUCUUCCCCGUCGCUGAUCCACGACUUCGGAUCGAGUGGUUCCACGAGGGACAGCCGAUGCGGGACUCGAACAGGAUGCGACAGGUAACCGACUUCGGCUUCGUCGUCCUCGACAUCCGCCCCGCCGAGCCGCAGGACAGCGGCGUGUGGCGUUGCGUGGCAACGAACGACUACGGUAGCGCGGAGUGCGAGGCUGAAAUCAAGGUCGUUCCCACCGGCGGUGUCUUCGCGGAAUGGCAAUCACCCGCCGAGAGGAAGCAGCGGAUCGAUCAGCUUGAGGAAUGGAUCCACAGGCCAAAGGAAGAGCUUUCGCUGCCAUCUCAAGAAUUCGAGGCCCCACACUUCACGCAGGAGCUCGCCGACCUCGGAACGCUGGGAGAGGGCGAGGCGACGGCGUUUGUUUGCGUGCUCGAGCCCAUCGGGGAUCCGACCCUGCGCGUCGAGUGGAAGCACAACGGCCAUUCCAUCCCCUACUCCAACAGAAUCUCGACGACGAACGAGUUUGGCGUGGCGACGCUGCUGAUCAAGCAUCUCAUCGCCCAGGACACCGGCGACUACGAGUGUGUGGCUACAAACUCCAAGGGUCAAGCCGUCACCACGGGUCGCGUACAGGUCGAGUCGCCGGAGGCGGUUGACGCCCCUCAGGUGGUCCAACCACUGGUGUCAUCGAUCGACAAUGUAGCCGAGGGGGAUUCGGUGCAUCUGGAGGCCAGGAUUCUGCCAACCAACGACCCGAACCUGAAGGUCCGCUGGUUGCGCGAUGGGCAGCCACUUCCGGAAGCAUCUCGAUUCAGGCCCUCCUUCGAGUUCGGCUUCGCCUCCCUCGACAUCCUCUACGCGUACCCCGAAGACUCCGGCGAGUACGUCAUCGAGGCCAAGAGCGACAAGGGCGAGGUGACGUCAAAAUGCCUGGUUACGGUGCUCGCGGGGCGCAGCCUCGAGUUCUCGCCCCAGGCACACGGCAGUCUGCAGGAGAAUUUGGAGUCCCACUUCCGGCAGCACUCGAUUAUGGAACUGAAGCUUACGGUCGAGGACGCGUACGAUGAGCAGCAGCAGCGUGCGCCCGAGUUCAAGACCAAGCUCCAGAACAUUGGCGUUGCUGAGGGGGAGUUCUGCCGGUUCGAGACGCAGGUCGCCCCGAUCAACGAUCCGUACAUGCGCCUGGAGUGGUUCAAGGACAAGCGCCCGGUCGUGAUGGGCCACCGCUUCCGCUCGACCCUCGAUUUCGGUUUCGCGGCCCUCGACCUCCUCUACGCCCUGCCCGACGACACCGGCGAGUACACGUGCGUUGCGUCGAAUCGUCACGGUCAUGCCAUGAUCUCGGCGAAGCUGGCUUGCCAAGGGGCUUCGCAUGUGGUCACGCAAUCCCAGAUGCCCCAGGGCAUGUCAGUGACCGGCUUGAAGAAAAACCAGCAACAGCUGUACUGGUCGGAGACGCAGCCGCAGCAGGCGAGGACCAAGCAGGCGCCGCAGUUCACGAUUAAGCCGAGGAAUACGCAGGUUGAUGAGAACAUGCCGGCUCGAUUCGAGUGCGCCGUCGUCGGAAAUCCGAAGCCCAAGGUCACCUGGUUCAUCAAUGGCAAUCAGGCCCUCCACGGCCACCGCCACAAGCUCAACUACGACGGUCUCUACUACCUGACCAUUCCCCAUUCGCGUGUCUCUGACGCGGGCGAGGUGAUGGCCAUCGCCCGGAAUUCUGAGGGUGAGGUCCUCGCCUCGUGCUCACUGGACGUGUUCCCGAGCGACGACUUCCGGAAUAUGAAGUUGAAGCCGGCCAAGCACACCACGGCUGAGGAGCUGCACGAGAGGGAGAAGAGAUGGCACGUGGAAACCAUGGGCUCCCUGGGCGUCGCCUUCAAGUCAGCGCCCAAGGCUGAUGCUCAGAAGCUGAUGCACGUCGAGCGAGCGAGAAGCCCGAUCGAGCCCCUCGAAUCCGAGGAGCUCAUCCAGAAGUUUGCCCGCAGCAAGGAGGAGAUGUUCGAGAAGUUGGGCAACGUUGAGGGCGAGAAGAAGACGUUCGAGGGCAUGAAGCUCGAAGACGUCUCGCUGAGGGCGGGCAGGACCAACAGGUUCGAGCCGACGAAGGAGAAGCUCCCGACGGUGAAUCUGAAGGCGUUUCAGGGCAAGAAGCAAGAACAACCGAGCACCGCCAAGCCGGGCUGGGCCCAGGACGGCGGCCAAAAACUCGCCGGCGCCAACGAGAACAAGUUCAAGCGCGUCGAGGCGGCUCCCAAGGAGAUCUACAUCCCCGCCAGGGACCAGGUCAACUUGCAGACGGCCAAGCCGACGCGAGCCGAGAAGGUGGAGGAGGGAGAACACGUGAGGAUUGCGGAGGAGAAGGCGAAGAUGCGACAACCACAACAAGGACCACUGGCACCGAAGGAGGCCCCGGUGGUGCACAAGGACCAGGUGAAGAUGAAGCAGCAGCAGCCCCAGGCGACCAAGGAGGUUCAGCACGUGGUGCUCGAGGAGAAGGAGCUCAAGGGGGCCACCGUCAACCAGAAGCCCGAGAUCCCGGAAGCGAGGAUAUCGAACAAACCUGAGGACUUUGGCGCGGAGCACCGUAUCCUGCUCCAAACCUACAGGGAGAGAAGCGAGAGCCUCCAGACAACAAGCUACGACGAGGAGCUGCACCUGGAGACGGACGAGUCUACCCCGCAGCCCACGAAAUUGGCGGCCAGCCAAAAGGCCGCGCCCUCCCUGUCGCAGCAGCUGAUCCCGCUGAACGGCGAGGUCGGCAAGGGCGCCAAGUUUGUCAUCGCGUUCGGAGGGGAUGCGCCGGUCAAGGUGACCUGGCUGAAGGACGGCAAGGAGCUGAAGUCGACGUUCCGCCACCAGAUUACGACAUCAAAUGGGCAGAGCCAGCUGGCCAUCGGCAGGCUGGAGUCGAGCCAUCAGGGAGAGUACACCGUACGGCUCGAGAACGCCGCCGGCAUGGUCGAGUCGUCGGCUUCGCUCUCCGUUGGCGCCGCUCCGCCCAAGGGCACUGCACCCGAUUUCAAGGCCAAGGACGGCCAGCCCUUGCCCUUCGACGGUCGCUUCAUCGCUUCUGAAGACGGCAAUACGCAUCGUCUUGUCUGCGAUGCCGUACUCGCCCCCGACGCCGGCGUCUACGAAUGCGUGGCCAAGAAUACGGCUGGGGAGGCGAGAUGCAAAGCGAAGCUGAACAUCAACCUCGCCAAGACCGGAAAGGGAGCCGAAGAAGGCCCCCGACUUGAAGCCCCCCGAUUCACCGCCCAAAUCCAACCGAUUGUGGCGAAUGAGGGACAAGCCGCUUCCUUUACGGCCAAGUUCUCUGGAUUCCCAGAGCCAACCAUCCGCUGGUACCGCAACAACGAGCCGAUCAAGAAGAGCGGCUAUUCGGUGUCCCAGAAGGACGGAACAGCCACCCUCACGAUCCAAUCGCCAAGGCAAGAGGACGUUGCCGAGUAUAAGGUCGAAGCGUCGAACCCAGCCGGAAAGGCCUCCUCCGUCGCCAACCUCGUGCUCGCACCGCGUAGCGGCCGCGUGACGACCAGGACCCUUACUGGCGGAUCUACGGUAUCUGAGGCGUCGGUUCCACAGUUUGUGUCGAAGCUGUCCGACAUCUCGGCUCGCCAGGGGCAUACCGUCAAGUUUUCCGUGGAAAUCGGAGGCGACCCCCUGCCCACCGUCCAGUGGUAUCACAACGGACGGCAGCUGAUGGGAGGGCGUGAUGUUAAGAUUACGGUGGACGGGCUCCGCGCGACGCUCGAGCUGACCCGCGUCUCCGCCGCCAACGCCGGCACGUACGAGUGCCGGCUGAAGAACCCGAAGGGCGAGGCCAAGUCCACGGCCCAGCUCAACCUCAGUACGUUUGGAUACGGUAGCGUGCGA